AUGUCGUCAAGCGAGAACUCUGUCGAAGUUUCGAAAACCCAGGAAGGUAUCACAACCAUUACCCUCAACCGCCCACACAGGCGCAAUGCAAUCGAUCAUUCAACAGCCGAGAAGCUUUAUCAUGCCAUUCUAGAUUUUGAAAAUGAUGAGACCCAGAAAGUUGGUAUCUUAUAUGGCACCGGAGGAACUUUCUGCGCUGGCUUCGAUCUGCACGAAGUAGCCAAAGCAUCGACUUCUGCUACUCAAGGUAGCGAGGACGGAGAAAGGCAAUACAAAGGACCCAGAUUUAAUGUUGAAGCCGACCGCGUUCAAGGCCGAAAUGCAGGCCCCAUUGGACCCUCUCGUCUCCAGGUGCGCAAACCUCUGAUUAGCGCUGUAGCAGGGUAUGCAGUUGCAGGUGGGCUGGAACUGAGUCUCAUCGCGGAUAUUCGUGUCGCUGAGGACAACGCUAUUUUCGGAGUUUUCUGUCGACGGUUUGGCGUACCACUAAUUGACGGUGGCACCGUGAGGUUGCAGGCCAUCGUUGGCUUGGGUCGAGCGCUGGAUAUGAUCUUGACAGGGCGAGCUGUCACAGCACAGGAGGGUUUGCAGAUGGGGCUUGUGAACAGGAUAGUUGGUAAGGGUGAGGCAUUGGCUGAAGCGACCAAAAUUGCAAGUCAGCUUCUUGCGUUUCCGCAAAUCUGCAUGAACGUUGAUCGGGCGUCAUGUUAUUAUGCUGCCUACGACGCCACUUCAUUUGAAGAUGCAUUGAAGAAUGAAUUCAGGAACGGAGAGAGUGUUAUAAUGCAGGAGGGCGUUCAUGGGGCAGCUUUAUUUGCCGCGGGGGUUGGACGGCAUGGAUCAAACAUAUAA